UAGACGAAGAAGAACUAACCCGGAAACUACAACAAGAUGGCGGAACAUGACAACACCAACGAUGUUUCAGCCGCGCAGCCUUCUAAACUGUCUGACCUGCUCGAACGUGGGUGGAAGAUAUUCGAGGAGGUAGACAGUACAAACGAACCGCUCGCCUCCAGCAGCAUCCAGGUCCGAGUCAAACGCGGCAUCUCUAUGCUGGAAGAAGCCUCCUCAAUGGUGGCCCUCCUCGACCUGUUCAGCCGCAACGAAGAGCUCGAAGAGAUAGCUACGGCCGACCUGAAGUACCUGCUGCUGCCCGCGCUCUUAGGAGCUCUGACCAUGAAGCAGACCGGCCGAGACAAACGCCUAGAGGUGGUGCAAACAGCCCGGGGACACUUCAUGGACUUCCUGAAGCGAUGUAAAGAGUAUAACUUGUGUCACUUUGAAUUGCCACCCUUGACCAAUGAAAAGGCAACUCCUGUCGAGGCAUCAGAAAGUGGCUCAUCUACAGCCACGGUACCGACUAAACCCUGCCCAUCAGAUCUGGUUUCCAUGGCAGCACAGAGGCAAGCGAAGAUUGAGCGGUACUGCCAGAGGAAGGAGCUAGAAGCCCGGCUGUCAGAUGUGAGGAAGGCUGUGGACAGCGGACAGGCCGACGAUGAAGUCAGCAGAGACUUCUACAAUCUGAAUGCCAGGAGAUGGGUCACUGUGUGUCUGGAGGAAAUAGAGAGCAUUGACCAGGAGAUGGAGAUACUCCAGCAGAUGGAUGGGCUGAAGCAGGGUGCCGCCAAGCAGCCAGCCCAGCCAGUCAGGCCUCCCAUGAAACCCUUUAUUCUCACCAAGGAUGCUGUUCAGGCUCGAGUGUUCGGGGCCGGUUACCCCAGCCUUCCCACCAUGACGGUAGACGACUGGUAUGAACAGCACCGACUCCGUGGAGAUAUGCCGGACCAGGGGAUUCCCAGGAGGGUCGAUGUGGAGGAGGACACAGAAGCAAAGGAGAGGGAAGAACAGGAUAAAGAGAAGAAUGCUGAAAAUGAUGAUGAGGAGUCUCUGCUCAAAGCCAGAAACUGGGAUGAGUGGAAGGACUCUCAUCGCAGAGGUUAUGGAAACCGCCACAACAUGGGCUAGUCUUCAUUUCUAUUGUGAUCAGUCCAGGAAGUGGACGGACGUUGCUCACAAUUCUGAUCUUUGAGUCUAUUGCUAUGAGAAGGUCACCAAACCAAGGACCACACCACGGUAUUGCCAAAACAACCUGUCGUGUUUAUUGGCACUACAGUUGAUUUAGUGCUGUUCCUCUUAGACGUUUACCAGGUUGUGUUCAUCAGUCCUUUGUUGUAUCAUGUUUUUCAGUGAGUCUUAAUAGAAAUAUAUGCCAGGAUGGGUGGAAGCCUGUUGUGUCGUGUGUUUUCCCAUUACACUGUUAUCGGGGAAAUAAAGAGACUGAACAAACCUUGUGCUAAGUAAAAUCAGUGUUCAGAAACGAAUCAAAAUCCAUGUGUAUUGGAUUUCUAAUCAAUUAGCAAACAGUAAAAUGCCCUUUUCAUGGGGGCUAGGGUUAGGUUGACACCCCAACAUUUAUUUGACACAUUUUAUUCACAGAUUUGACAACUGUAGAGUUUGAUUUUACAUAAUUGCUAGGUUUAUUUCCAUUUGUUGUAAUGUAUUCGCACCAGGUUUUAGAUCUGAGAUACAUAUUAACCAAUGACAUAAACAUCAACAAUGAUACCACAGGACUUUAGUUGAAGUUAUUGUGAGGAACGUUUUUGUAAAUGCUUGGCUUCCACAGCAACCAUCUCAUCCUAGAUAGCCCUGGAUCCACCUGCAGUCAAAAGCACGUCUGGUCUCAGCUGGGGACCAACCCGGACACCAAGCUCCUAGAUUCUGGAAGGGAAGGCAAGGGAGAACCAGGAUGGAAAGGGCAGAGUCACAACCUGCUCCUGUGAGAUGGGAGUUGUUCUAAAGAGACCCUGCUUUCUGGAAAAGUCAUUCCACAUAUAACUAAGUGGCAUGUCUGACAAACCAGUUUUAUCCUGAAUGUUAUAACAUAACGCUCAGCAAUCAACUAAAAGUAAUUCAAAAAGAAUAAAGAUACUGGCCAAACCCA